AUGGAUCUCAAAGUGGCCUGUGUGCUCUCUGUCAUUCUUGUCAUAGCCGUCAGCACCUUGGCAAGUGCUGUACCAACAAGAUGCCAGUGUAAAAUGGAGCCCAAGGAGCGGAGUAACUGCGGCUACCCGGGAAUCACAGCAGAGCAGUGCAGGAAAGCUGGGUGCUGCUUCAACUCUUCAGUCCCUGGCGUUCCCUGGUGCUUUUCUCCUAAAGCAAAGAAAGUUAGGAAAGUAUGUCCCACCGAUUCUCACGCCAGGAUAAACUGUGGCUUCCCUGGCAUCACGGCGAAGGAGUGCGAAAGGAAAGGGUGCUGCUUCAGGUCACAUCCUGCUGGUGUCCCCUGGUGCUUCUACCACCGCGUGGUGGAGGAAGGUAACAUCCUGCACGAGACAUUGUCCCCACAUCCCUUCGGAUGA